CACUUCUCCCCCGGGGGCACCCCCAAAGGAUGUGAGCUUUUGCCGUGCACUUUAAAGAACGGCCCUUCUGCUGUGUCAAGGUGUGGAGACUAGCGAGGACUCCAGUCCAUGGAUUUAUUAGCUUUAACACAACAUUUUUACACCACGUUGUCCACAGGCUGGCGAUCUUGAAGGAUGGGUGACUGGAGCUUUCUGGGGCGUCUGCUAGAGAACGCCCAGGAGCACUCCACGGUGAUCGGCAAGGUGUGGCUGACAGUCUUGUUCAUCUUCCGGAUCCUGGUGCUGGGCGCCGCCGCCGAGGAGGUUUGGGGAGACGAGCAGUCCGACUUCACCUGCAACACGCAGCAGCCUGGCUGCGAGAACGUGUGCUACGACCAGGCCUUCCCCAUCUCGCACAUCCGCUUCUGGGUCCUGCAGAUCAUCUUCGUGUCCACGCCCACGCUCAUCUACCUGGGACACGUUCUGCACAUUGUCCGCAUGGAGGAGAAGCGCAAGGAAAAGGAGGAGGAACUACGAAAAGCCAACAGAUUCCAGGAAGAGGAGGAGAAGGAGAUGCUGUUCAGGAGUGGCGACAGCAGUGGCGUGGACCGAGGCGGUGGCAAAAGGGUGAAGCCCCCCAUUCGGGACGAGCACGGCAAAGUCCGCAUCCGGGGGGCCCUGCUGCGCACUUAUGUCUUCAACAUCAUCUUUAAGACCCUCUUCGAGGUGGGGUUCAUCUUGGGGCAGUAUUUCCUGUAUGGCUUCCAGCUGCAGCCCUUGUACAAAUGCGCCCGCUGGCCCUGCCCCAACACGGUGGACUGCUUCAUCUCACGGCCCACGGAGAAGACCAUCUUCAUCAUUUUCAUGCUGGCGGUGGCCUGCGUUUCCCUUUUCCUCAAUCUACUGGAGAUCUACCACCUGGGUUGGAAGAAACUCAAGCAGGGCAUGACCAACGGAGCCGCGUCGCAACAGGAGUCAAUGCGGCGAACCGCCGGUACCAACGCCAGAGAGCCACAGUGCUCGGCCCUCAGGACCGCGAGCGGCUACCCCGGCAAGUACACGGACGUGACAGCCGGCAGCGCGGCCUUCCUGCCCCAGGCAGAGUUUAAGAUGGACAACUUGCAGCAGGAGGAGGCCCUCCGCCAACACGGGCCCGCCGCCCACUACUACAUCAGCAACAACAACAACCAUCGGCUGGCCACACAGCAGAACUGGGCCAACAAGGCCACGGAGCAGCAGACUCGGGAGAUGAAAACCACCUCCCCCACGCUCUCCUCCUCCUCUUCUUCUUCUUCUUCUUCCUCAUCCAACCAGCAAACCGUGGUGGGCACAGCCCCCGGCGCCACCCCCAGUUCAACGGGUACCAGUCCCAGUGCCCGCAGCAGCCCAGGCUCCAAGGUCAACGAGUCGGAUAAUAGCCGCUUCACCACGACCACGGUGGAGAUGCACAAGCCCCCCAUGACUGCUGCACUGGACCCCCGGCGGCUGAGUAGGGCCAGCAAGAGCAGCAGCGUAAGGGCCAGACCCGAUGACUUGGCGGUAUGAGCCCCACUCUGGACCCGUGAAUCCCCGGAAAAUAUAGCUUCCACAAACCAAAAUGAUACAGAAAGGUGGCGGUAGACUUCAGAUGAUGAUUCAGUGACCAAGCCCCUUUUCACACCAAGUUUCCGAAUUCACCCAUCAGAGGCGUAACGAUAGAGCGGGCAUUUAUAGAACCCACAUGUGGGUUCAUUUGGCACUUGCUGAGACCACAAAAGCUGACAAAUUCAUGGAUCGACUUGGAGCCUGCGCCUUGACGUUUCGGUUCCAUAAUCCCUUUGUGCGCCAAUGUGGUUCUGCAUCUGAUCCUACUUUAUAAACGCUAUGGGUACUUUUCACACGGGACAGAGACAACCCGGGAAAAAGCCAGCUUUGAUGUUUCGUGUGAAAGGGACUGUGGACUCUUUCGGGGAAGAUCUAGUUGCGUUUUUUCUUCUAUUUGAUGCACUUAAUAGACUCCGGUGUGUGUGCCCGGUUUUAAACUGGUAACCACAACGCACUGCAGCGUCUAGUUGGCUUCAUUCAUGACCUUUCAAAGUGUUAAAAAAAACAACCAACAAAUAAUUUGUCAGUUCAGGAUGGAUUACAAUACAA